CACAUCUCAUCAUGAAGUUGUCUUUUUCGUUCUUGUUUCAUCGUAAAAACAUCUUCCCUUUCCUAAGAAACAUCUGAUUUUAACAACGAAACAUAAUCAACUAUUAAAGUCUGGAUAAAUAAUUAAAAACAGGGUUUUGUAGGAUCUCUAUCAUACUUUUAUGCUUUUCUUGUCAAACUCAUCAAGAAAAUUUUCAAAAUUUCAUUUUAAAGUAACAAGAGAGAUCCUACAAAUCUAAGUUUUAGCUUAGAUUUUGGAUUUUGUAGAAAUGAGUUGUUUCUUGGGUCCAACUACGAACAACAAAAGUAGAGAAAAUGAAGGCUCAUCUUUGGCUGCUCCUUAUCAACAACAAAACCUAGCUUGGAAUGAUCGGAAGCAGAUAACAACAUGGGAAGCGGUGGGAAUGAACAAAGAAUCACCGAAAAAUAUCGAGGCAAAGAGUUUCAAAUUUCGUGAAUUAGCUACCGCGACAAACAGUUUCAGGCAAGAGUUCUUGAUUGGAGAAGGAGGGUUUGGGAGGGUUUACAAGGGAAAGAUGGAGAAGACAGGACAGGUGGUGGCUGUGAAGCAACUUGACCGUAAUGGAUUACAAGGGAAUAGAGAGUUUCUGGUAGAGAUCUUCAGGUUGAGUCUUCUUCAUCAUCCCAAUCUUGCCAAUCUCAUUGGAUAUUGCCUUGAUGGAGACCAGAGACUUCUUGUUUACGAGUUCAUGCCUCUUGGUUCCCUAGAAGACCAUCUCCUAGAUGUUGGAGCGGGACAACAACCACUGGAUUGGAACUCUCGGAUAAGGAUUGCCUUAGGAGCCGCAAAAGGGCUUGAGUAUCUCCACGAGAAGGCAAACCCUCCAGUGAUAUAUCGAGAUUUCAAAUCGUCAAAUAUAUUGCUUAACGGAGAUUUGGAUGCAAAACUAUCAGAUUUCGGUUUGGCAAAACUUGGUUCGGUUGGGGACACACAAAAUGUAUCUUCCCGAGUAGUGGAAACUUACGGUUAUUGCGCUCCUGAGUAUCAUAAAACCGGUCAGUUGACGGUUAAAUCUGAUGUAUAUAGUUUUGGAGUUGUGCUGUUAGAACUCAUAACCGGUAAGCGAGUUAUCGAUACAACGAGACCAAGUCAUGAACAAAAUUUGGUUACUUGGGCACAACCGAUUUUCAGAGAACCAAAUAGAUUCCCAGAGCUAGCGGACCCACUUCUUCGAGGCGAGUUCCCGGAAAAAAGUUUGAACCAAGCUGUAGCAGUAGCGGCAAUGUGUCUGCAAGAAGAACCAAUAGUGCGACCAUUAAUCAGUGAUGUCGUCACCACCUUAAGUUUUAUGAGUACAAACACCGGUUCACCUUCCGGUAUAACCGAUAACGCCCUGAACCUUUUUCAACCUUUAUCUUCUAAGACAGUGGAGGACCAGGACGUGCUUCAAUGUGAGUCAGUUCCAAGAGAUGUGUACUCGUUACUAUAACAAAUUUUUACCAAACGUUUACAAAAUUAAUAU